UCGGUGAGUGGGGGUGCAAGAGGGCGGUGAAGGCGGAGCAGACGACACCACGAGGCGCAGAGUUGCGAGCAUGGCGUCCCCCGACCGAGACGUGCGCGGCAGUCACCGCGGGUACCACGCCAUGAACCUGGACGAUCCGCCCAACAGCCGCCUCUUCCUCGUCGUGAGCAAGACGACGUCCGAGGCCGACAUCCGCGAGAAGUUCAGCCGCUUCGGCGAGCUGCAGGACCUGUGGAUCGUCAAAGACAAGCACACCAAGGAGCACAAAGGCAUCGCCUUCAUUAAGUACGCGCGCGCCUCCGAGGCGUGCCGCGCCAUGGAGGAGAUGAACGGGCAGCCGCUCAGCGGGGACGGGAAGCCCAUCAAGGCCAUGGUGGCUCAAUCCCGUGCCUCAAAUAACCACAGGGACUUGGAGGAUGAAGACCUCACACGCAUUUUCCUCAUGAUCCCGAAGACCUACACUGAGGAAGACCUCCGUGAGAAUUUUCAGGAAUAUGGAGACAUUGAAUACUGCAGUAUACUGAAAGAUAAAAACACCAAGGACAGCAAGGGAUUUGGAUACGUUCGCUUUCUGAAGCCCUCACAGGCUGCCUUAGCAAUAGAAAACUGUGACAAAAGAUUUAAAGCCAUCCUUGCAGAUCCGAAGAAUAGGUCUUCUCAAAUUCAGCACUCCCAUAUGGAGCAUGCUCAUGGUGGUUACCCACCGUAUGGGGGCAGAGAAGGGUAUAGCGACAUGCCACGCAUGCAAGGCUCUUUUCCUCCAUCUGCCCAUGCUAUGUCAGGGGACUUCACUCACCAGAGGAAUGCCACCGUUCCCCCUGCACAGACGCCGGAUCCUGCCAUCUCACGCUGCCUAUCUGUGGCAGUGGCAGUGGGUGUCACAAAGGAGCAGAUGUUAUCUCUGUUUGGUAUCAUUCCUGGGUUGGAGUACUGUGAUGUCCAGAGGGAUCCAUACACUGGCUACAGAUUUGCAUAUCUGAAAUACAACAACCCAGCCUCGGCCAUCUAUGCCCGGGAGAAGCUGAACCGGUUUGAAUAUCCACCAGGCUUUCAACUCACUGUCAACUUUAUUGAGGAUGCAGAGGCUGCUGCCAGUGGGAGCAAUCCGCUGGGGAUGAUGGCUUUGCAGUUGGUGACUGCUCAAAUGAUGGCAACUGUGGCUUCAAAUUAUGGAAAUAUGGCUCAAGGGGUGCCACAGCAGGCUUUCAAUACCCCUAAAAUGGGCAUGGCUACGACCCCGACAGCUGAGCCACAAUAUCUGAACUUUAAGCUGCCGCCACGCCAACCACUCGCUUCACAAGACAGUGAGAUGAAGGAGAGGCUCUUCUUGGUUUUCUCUGGCAUGCCACCUUCCCAGGAAGCCCUCACCGAUGUCUUUUGUCGUUACGGGAACUUGAUUGAGGUGUACGUCUUGCCACAAAAGAACUACGGCUACGCGAAGUUCGCGGAUGGAGAUUGUGCUAAGGAUGCCAUGGAUUCGCUUCACGGACAAGAGGUGUGUGGAGUGAAGAUGAAGGUGUUGCCAGCCGACCCACCCAAGGAUGAGGCACGCAAGCGGCAACGCACAAACUAGCACCACGGGUAAGGUACAAACCCACCGGCCGGAUGGUAAGGCUGUAUAAAGAAAAGCUGGCGUGUAUAUGCAUGCCUGUAUGACUACAAUUGACAAGGGCCCAUAAAAGAGAUCUGGCUCCCACAAAACAUCUGACUGGCAUUGUGAUUUAUGGUCACAUGCCACUCAGUAUCAGUUGUGUUAUGACAUGGCAUGUAUCAGUCCUUUAGAAGAUACUUCUCUAUUUUAAUAUUUAUGGGGUAUUAAUACUCCCGUGACUGUCGAGAUGCAUUUUGCUAGUGCCUUGUUUACAAUCUUGACUUUAGCAUAAUAAAAUGCAUUGGGAUUUAAAAGUAGCUCGUAUGUGAAUUCAGUUUUAUGAAAUAUAACUGACUGCCAUGCUUCAGUUCAGGUAAGUAUUUCUAUGCCCUUUAUAAAUUGUUUAUGCUGCUUGUAUAGU